UUGUAAUAGAUCUGUCUCAGAAGGUACUGAAACUCUCGGUCGUGGUGCAUGCUUCAGGCGGCGUUCGCGGCCAGAUUCGAUCAGCAAGUACUCAUAACUGGUCUCCAAAAUAUCGCAGGGUCUUUUUCUCAUUUCACCGGCCGAUUGUAUACCGUCAUCAACGUGGCUCUCGUCGUGCUUUUGUGUUCACCGUUGUCGAAGCUUGAGGGCGAAGAUUGCGGGAGUGUCUUGUCAUGCCACGUGGCAAAAUGUGACUGAAAUUUGGAUUGAUGCCUGCGUGGAAGAAGGAACGACAGCACGUCGCCUUGUUCUCAUCGAAGACGUAUAGGAUAAGAGUAUCCACGUGUGUACCUACCCACAGAGCACUCGUCAGAUGACCACGUGGGUGAAAAACCUAACACCGGCCCUUUCCCGGGUGCUGCUUGUCAUGUAAACAGCAUCAGAUCUGUAUGUGCUAGAAAGGGGCCGUUCGAAGGAUUGUCACGUGUUUCAACAUUAGAGAUGGACAGAUAGAUAGAUAGAUAGAUAGAGAUAGAUAGAUAGAUAGAUAGAUAGAUAGAUAGAUAGAUAGAUAGAGAGAGAGAGAGAGAGAGAGAGAGAGAGAGAGAGAGAGAGAGAGAGAGAGAUGGGGCGGCCCAAAGGAGAUGCGACGCGGUCAAAGACGCGGCCUUCAAGCAGCAGUCUUGCUGCAGAAUUGCUUCACAGUGCUUCAGGCGGAGCAGCCACCAUUGGUUUUGGAGGCUUUGCAGGCGGGGAGCGACUCUCCAGAACGCAGCAGCAGCAAUCGCUUGAACUACAGGAUGUGUCACAGCUGAAGGCGCUUUUUGCAUUGCAGGAAAUUUUUCAGAACCGCUCUGCGAAUGAGCUGGUUCCUCUUUUACAUUCAUGGGUGUUCGUUUACAAGAGAUUGGCAAUAGACACGAGCAGACAAGUAAGAGAGAGUGCAAAUGUGGCAUUGGGGUGCUUGGCCCGAUCAGUAGGGCGCAAUCUUGGACCUCAUCUAAAGUCUCUAAUGGGGGCCUGGUGGGUGGCGCAGUUCGACCCGUGGAAGGAAGUUGCCGAGGCAGCGAGAACUGGUUUCCAGGAACUCGCCUCUGACCAUUGGGAGGUGUGGAACGACGGUGUCAUGGUCCAUGCCAUGAUUGAUAUUACUGAUUUCUUACUCUAUGAUGCUGUUCUCUUGCCACAUCAAACUGUCCGCAACCUCCUUUAUGUCGAAGAUCAUUCCUCUGGCACCGUAGUGCAGCAGUACAAUGUACAGACACCUGUCUCUUAUACACAUCUAGAUGUGUAUAAGAGACAGGUUCCGUUGUCCCAAACGGAUACAUCCGCUCCUAUGCCUCCUGCAGACAGUCCAGCUGCUUGCACACAGCCACAGCACCAUGUUUUAUGCCCUUCCAUGUUCGUUUGUCCCCCAGCUGUGCAGCAGGAUAUGGUCCCUGCCCAGAGUACACUCCCAACGACAGUCCCUACUCACGAUGUGGCCCCGAACGCUGAGGGACUGGAACAUGAUCUGCUUGGACUGCAUUUAAUCCCGCAUGGCGUAGACCCCACGAGGGAUUUGCAAAUGGCUGACCAGGAUCAUAUGGAUGAACCGCAUACUUGUGCACCACCUUGCGCAGACCCCACGGGUGAUCUACAAAUGACUGACCAACAAAAUCAGCCUGAGAUCCCCGCCAAUCUCUGUGGUCUGGCUGCAACUAAUAGCUGCCUUCGCGUUCUCAAUCGGCCGUUGUAUACACCAUCAGAUUUCCUUGCAAUUGCCCUGCAGCUUGAUGUUGAUCUGGCUAAUCUCGCUGAUCCCCCCGACCUACAGCCAGAGCAUCGUAAUUACACCAGUGAAGGAGGUUUUACCAUUGCUGUCCUAGAAAUAGCGAUGAGGAACUGCCAGCUUGAACUACGCCAUGCUCUACCAGGUGAGUUGUUUAAUCCUCCAUCCCGCAUCUCUGCCUCCAUUGUGCAUGGGCCUGGCCAUUACAUGGCUAUUGUACACGCCUCUGACCAUUGGGAGGUGUGGAACGACGGUGUCAUGGUCCAUGCCAUGAUUGAUAUUACUGAUUUCUUACUCUAUGAUGCUGUUCUCUUGCCACAUCAAACUGUCCGCAACCUCCUUUAUGUCGAAGAUCAUUCCUCUGGCACCGUAGUGCAGCAGUACAAUAUCCACCACGAGGCGACAACCAUUGAGGUGGACAUGGGGGUGGAAAAAGAAGAUAUGGAGAGCGAAGAAGAAGAGGAUCUGGUCUUGGGUGACAAGUUCUCCCCAGGAGGAGGCAGCGACGGAUCACAGCUGUCAGCAGAGAGCAGCGCAGGAGAAUACAGCCUGGGCCCCGCAGCAGCGAAGGAGGACAACAGGGACUCAAACACCGAGAGCAGCAAGACUGAUGCGGCAGGUGCAUUUCCAAUGCAGAAAAAGCAACUUGAGGCACUUGUGUUUUGUCGAGAGGAAGUAUUUGUGCAUCUGGAUGAGAACCUGAAGCUGACACCGCAAACUAUGGGAGACAAGUUGCCUCCAGAGGAGGCGGCUGAAAAGCAUGAGAGGGUAUUGUCAUCAUCAUUGCUCGCCUUUGUUACACUUUUGGAGGUCUUAGAUGGAGCUCAGAUAAGCAUGGCAGCCGCUGGUCGCCAACAGCAACAGCCAGACGGAGGAGCUCCAGGCCCUCCACCUAGUUUGUCUGCUGCUCCAGGGGAACCUACUUCAUGUCCUCCAGUAGCGGAUCAGAGCACUGCCCAAGCAUGUGGGGGUCGUGGAGAGAGCGCCAAGGGUGGGUCUCGAGGUCCCGAGAGCAGAGAACCAAGUGAGGUUGCAGCGACUGCAGCCAGAGUCUGUCAAGUCCAUGGGUUUUUCAAGGAUCUGGUCCGAUCGAAGAGUCCUGUUGUACGCAGUGCUGUGUACCAGGCUCUGAGAGUUGUUUGCGAGAGGGCAGGUGCUGUUGUUGAGGAUAACUUAGCUGUUGUUGCUCCCAUUGUACUCGGGGCAUUUGCAGAAAGAGAGGCUUCAUGCCACUGGGCAAUGUGGGAGAUGGUGUUGUCUUUCGUGAACAGGUUUCCUCGAAGCUGGUAUGGAGCCAACCUUCGAAAGAUGGUCUGGCCCCGCUUCUGGGCCUUUCUUCGGCAUGCUUGCUAUGGAUCUGUAGAGUUCUCGUACCCUUGUAUGGUCGUGUUGAUUUCCAGGAUUCCACCCGACGUGGUCAUCGGGAGUUCCACAAGUGAGGCAGACUUCUUCAUGGAGUUUUUUGGCACCAUGUGGCAGGGAAGAACAUCGUGUGCAGGGAUGGCGGAGGUCUUGUCAUUGUUGAAGGCUCUCCGCGAGUGCCUUCUCUUUGUGCUUCUGCACUCACAGAAGUAUGUAGCAAAUAAAGGGAAUGGCGGUGAAGAGGCAUUCCAGUCUUCACUUGGGAAGGGGCUUCUUGUAAAUAUGUGUUGGCGAGAGUAUGUGGGCCGUAGCACUGUCACUAAGGGCGAUGAUACAGGGGCGUCAGCAUCUUUUCCGCAGGAGAAUAGCAGUCUGAAUGCAGAGCAAGUGAGAGAGCGGGACAAAACUCAUGCGGUCUCGUUAUCAAAGGAUAGGAAGGAAGCCAUGGAGAGCAGUUCAUUUGAUGUUAGCAGAGGAGGCUUGCAUCAGAGAGGCGCAGGUGAUGUUGGCGGUGGGGGGCAACGCCUGGUGGCGAGCGGACAAAGUGGCAUGUCAACCACGGCCACUGUUCGACGCAUGCCUCCUGGCUGGUUUCGAGAGCUGGGGGAUUGGAUUUUGAACACUGUGUCUACAAUAGGUGCUCGUCAGAGGUCGUUUCUUCGUGACUUUUGGGCAGAAGUGGCAUCUGAAUGCAAGGCUAUGGUGGAAGAGUCUAACGCAGGGGAUAUUAACAGCAGAACGACAAGUUCUGGCAAGGGUGAUGAUAUCUUUCUACGCAUCGGAGUGUUUUAUGAACGUCUAGGGAAGCAGAAAGGACUUCGCGGUGACAGAGAAGGAAAAGAGGACAGUGUGAUGAUGUUUGCUGUGCAGCCUUUGGUGGCUAGACUUCUUCCAGUAGUGAUGCGGACGAGUCAUGCAGAAGCACUCGGAUUGCUGGCCCGAAUCGUGCGCUGCUAUGGCCCUGGGAGCUUUGAUGCUGCUGUUGCUGCUGCCACCACUCCUGUGCCAGAAACAACAGAAAGUGGCGUUGUGCCAGUGGGCCAUUCCAAGACCCAGUGGUUUGUCGCCAACGUCUUGGUGGGCUGGUGCCUUGCGAAGGGCGAAGGAGAUGAAAGUGUUGGAAACUAUCCUCUCAGUCCAGCGGACAGGACAAGGAUUGAUCUCAUAACUGCUUUUGUGCGAUACCCAGACAUGAUCGAAGUCUGGGCAUCUGUGGUGCAACGCCUGACUUGCUGGGUUGACGAGCAGAGCAUGGUCGUGCAACCAAGGAAUCUGGCAGUUCUCUCCUUCCUUUUGGAAGGAAUGGUGAAGGAAGCACAGGGGAUUGAGAAGUUGGUAAAACCAUUGGAGGAUUCUGUGGUUUCCACAGAGGUUCAGAAGAGGCUGGAUGAUCUGGCUAUCAGAGUAGCUGGGAGCUCACUGCUGACAUCAGAAGCCAGCACAAACAUACUAAGGGUGUUGCUCACUAGUGAGGCGAGCUCCAAGGGAAUUGGCAGGUGGAUUGCACUGUCCAGUGAAGCCAUAUUGCCGGUCCUGAGGCUUCUUCUCAGCCGAGUGGUAGAUGCAGUGGUAUCAUGGCCCACUGCAUGGGCUCCGCAAGCUGUAAGACUCCUCCUUGGGUCAGAUGUAGAGCUUUCAGUCAUCAAGAGUGAUGGCCUACAUAGCACAGAGAAACUGUCAGAAGCACAUAAAGUCGAGCUUGGGCGAGAAGCCAUGAAAGCGCUCAGCGGGUGGGUGAUGAGCUCGUUGACCAAUGCGCAUGCUGACAACGUGAGCAUUGUCAGAGAAAACGUUGUUGCUGCUGCCUUUGUUGUUAAAUGGCUGCGAGAUAGCAUUCCACUUAAAACGCAUCAGAUAGAGGAUAUCAGGGCUGGGCCAAACCAUGGCGAGGGAGAGGAUACCGAUGAUUGGAAUGAUGGAGACGCUGAUGAGGAAGAGGAGUUGGAGGAGGAGCUUGAACAGCAGGAGGAGGAGGAGGAAGGAGAGGAGAAUGAGGAUGGUAAGGAAGACGAUGAAUCUGCGCUGGAUGGUGGUGCAGCUGUUGGAACUGAAGUGACAAGAUUGCCCAGGAGAAAAGGGAAGGAGCGAAAGAAGAAAAUUGGUCGUAUUGCACAUGAUAAAGAGUUGGAGGUGGCCCUGGCUUCCUUUGCCGCGACUGCUGAUGACUUCAUUUCAAGCUUUGUUGAGGAGGUGAAGAUGCCUUCUUGUUCUAACUUGCGCCACAGAAUAUGUCCACUGGUCAUCGAACUGGCCCGAGUAGGUAUUCUGCAAUCAGAGGAGGGUGUGGAAGGGAGCUGGUGGGCAAGUCGCGGUCAUGAAGUGAUCGAAUCUCUGUGCUGCGGAGAUAACGAAAGGGCAGAGAGCAUUGAUAUGUUUGUAAAACCAUGUGGACAGUGGCCAAAGUGGGUCGUGAAGCCUGAGGACAGUGAAAUGGUAGAGAAGCCUUUGAUUCCAUGCCGGCCAAGCACAGAAGGCUCCCAUGACGAGGUUGAUAGAGCUUAUUGGAGGAUCGCGGCAUUUAUUGCAGCGUUGGCCACUCGUAUAGGUCCGUCAGAGGUGUUUGGGACAGUGAAGGUCGAAGGAGAUGGGCAUGCUGGUCUCGCAGAUGUCACAGGCAACGAGGGAAAAGUGAGUCCCGAUAUGAGCAUCCUGUGCGAGAGGGAAGUGGAAGACAACCGUCCAGCAGAACAGGAACGAGGAAAUCCGGACAAGUCUGCUUCUCCCUCUGGCAUCUUGGAACCUGUAGGGAAAUGUGAGCAUGCAAGUGCAAAAUCAGGCAUUAGGAACAGGGCAUGGCUUGUGGUGGAAUUGUUGUGUGCUUGGGAAUGGCCAGGAGGAAGCGCCGUUUCUGACGUUCUGCCAUUCCUCCAAUCUAGGAGCUGUGGCUCCAGUGGAGAGGAUGCGGCGACCGUCAAAAGCGUUGUGGAUGCAUUGUUUCAUGGAGCGACUAAGAGUCACGGGGAUGGUGACUGUCUUCGUGACGUUUUCUCCGGAUGGAUGUGCGAGACGUGGGAGGACGAGUAUCUUGAUAUUCGAGAACCUUUCCUGAGAGGCUUGGUCUGUGUGGCUGGAUGCUUGGUGAGGAAAGGUGUGUGGGCAGUUGAGGAAACAUGGACUCUUUUUUACCAAUACUUACGAGGGAUGCAGACCGAGUCAUCUGGGGUCAGUGGCAAUGAUCACGAUGGUGUGGUGGUUAGAGUUCUUCGUCAAGUAAUGCCAGUGCUGAGAGGGGCGUCUGUCAGAGGAUGCGAAGAUAUGCUGGAUAGAAGGCAAAACUGUCAGCACCUGGACUCAGAGCAACUUCAAGGCACGGUGGAGGUGUGGUUAAGACAGGCUCUGGAUGCUGUCCCGAUUUUGGGGAGUCUCCAAGAUGCAGAAGCAGAAUACGAGAACAAGAACCGACCUUUCAAUACAAAGUAUAAGAUAGCACAGCGGAAGACUUAGAUACCAGUGAUCCGAACAAUCAAUGUUGAAAUGCAGC